CAUUGUUCCUUCUACUGAUGUAAUAUUUGGCCAAAAUGUAAGUGUAACAUCCCAUUUAAUUACCAUAAAUACAGAGCUGCAUAUAUCUUGUAAUCACAUACUUGUGUUCCUGGUGACAGGGCGUAAGGUCUUGGAUUCCAUCCUUUAAUUGUCUGGUGCAAAUUUUCAUAUUUAUAGACACAUCGAACACAAGACGCUUCACCAAAGGAUUUUAAAACCUACCUAACCAUAUCACACUUAACCCACCCUAACACAAACUGGCAUAACUUAACUCAACCAAUCUUAAAUAAGUCUAACCAAAGUCUAAGUUUUACCUGACGAUACUUACAGUUUUAAGAAUCAGAGAAAGAACUUUGUAGUAGUCAUGUGGACGAUUAGACCAUACAACUACUAAACUUCCUUUCUCGUAUUUGUUGUUUUACAUUCAGCUACUUGGAACAAAAAGUUCCAAGUAGCACGGGCUAUGGUGAGCCCGUAGUGGACUUACCUGGCACAGGAGCGGGGCUGUAACUUUGGUCAUUUCUCGUAUGUAUUGGUCUUUUUAUAUGAAAUUUUACCACACAAUAUUACCUCACGUCAAACCACCUUACACCAUAUACCCACACCUUAUUAUAAGGUACCAAAUAUCAUCACAAACAAGCCCAAUUCAGCAUAUCACCAUACACCACAUCACCACACGCCAUGUGUCACUCCACAUCACCACACACUAUAUAAUCUUUAUCCACAUCAGAUUAAACAAUACACUAUACACACACCAUAUCCAGAAAAAACGAAUACAAUAGGCGACUUGCAUCUUAUUUUUGUCCCAUCUCUAUUUCAAUGUAGGCUGCUCUUUUUCUGCUUUUCCUACCAAUUUCCAGGCUCUUGAAAAGGGCUCUUUCCUUUCUCCUCCCCUUCUCAUCCUCCGCUCUCUUCCCUCUUCACCUACUCUCAAUAAUAAAACAGAUCUAAUAUUUUGUCACAAAACAAACACAAUAACAAACUAAGUAAUUAUUAAAGUUGAACCGAAAAUCUUAUCCUGUUGUUGUGGUCUGUUAUCUGGCCUUAUCGUGGUGGCAUUAAUAGCUGUCUUCCUGGCUCUCACCAGUGCCAGCUGCUCUUCAUAACACGAAGACUUGUGAGUUACACAGAGAUAAGUGCCAAAUCAUGAUUGAUGCCAAACAUCAUCAUCUUUUCCUGUUCAAAGUGUAACAUUCUGAAUGAUACACGAGAGGCUGUCACGUGAGCGAUAACAAGAGUAACGUAUGUCGUCUUGCAACAUUAUCAAGAAUCUGUGUUUACAUACCAUAGUCAUGAGACGUUACGACUGUCUUGUGACAGUGGUAACGUAGAAGUCCAGUGUGAUGAGGAAUGGGACAAGUAGCCUUCUGACAGAUAUAAUGAAUGUUAAGUGUGGUGCAGGAAAGGGACAUGGUGUCCCCUGACAGUGGUAACGUAGAGAUAAAUGUAACGCACAGAAUAAAGGGGGGAGAAGAGGGAGAGAAAUGAUUUGGGUUGAAAAGGCGAAAACAUUGUUAUGGGGAGAGUAAUUGGGGUGACGAAAGACGGUGAAGGAAUGUGAAAUGGAUAGUGAUGGUAAUGAGGAAAGAUGGUGAAAGGUUGAGGAAAAGAGACGAAGAGGGUUAUCAAAGUGAGUGAAGGGAGAAGGAGAGGGAGAUGAAGAGAUGAGGAAAAGGAUUCUACCCAUGUCUCUAUAUAUUACAAUGCAUUUUAUAAUAAUUAUGAGACGCUUUGAAUUGACAUUUGACCUUCAAGUUUAAAACAUAUUUAUUUAUCAUAUACGUGUGGAUGAUUCUUAUAUUUGUAAUGUAUUCUGACAUGUAGAAAAGUUUAAAAUUAUUUAAAUUAUUAUUUACGUAUGAAAUUUACUAUUGAAAAAUAAUAAUAAUAAUAAUAAUAAUAAUAAUAAUAAUAAUAAUAAUAAUAAUAAUAAUAAUACAAUAAUUUUUUUAUUAAUUACUUACAUGUGAGGUCAAUUUACAUGUAAAAUAUAUCGGAAGUCAACAUUCUCUGGAAUUGGUAUAAAUUAGUUGAAUUUCUCCUUUAAAUUAUGUAAAAUUAAUAUUCUAAACAUUGAUUAAUAUAGCUUAUAGCAUCUUCUUUCAUUAUGUUAUUUCAUAAGAUAAUUCAAAUUUUGCAUAAUUUUUAAAAUGCUAAUGCUUAUGCAAAUUAAUUUUUUACUUGCUGUUUAAACUCGUUUAAAGUUUAAACUGUUUAAACUAACAAAGAGAUUCAAAAUAGAAAACACAAAUUUUAGGGCAAAAUAGUUAUCACACUCAUAAGGAUAUUUGUUCAAAAAUGUUCUAACUAUACUGCUCUACACGUAGGAGAAAACUUCACUAAAUCCCAGCCCGUCCUCAUCAACAAACUCAAAAUACUCCUUAAUCCAACCGCCUAAUUCCCCUGUAUAUGAAUGAAAAACUGUUUACACACGAUUGAAUUAAUGUAUACAAAGCCCCUAUGAUUAAUGAAAGAUGUACAGGCUUCGUAAGUAGUUAAAUAAUUGAUCAAUGAAUCCCCACCCUGUUAAGUGGUGUACUUUCCUUUUGGUUCUGAGCCAAAUGAGGAUAGUACUGUAAAUGUAAAUGUUUCAGUAGGUGCCUAGCUGGUUGCUCGAUAGCCUUGAGUCGUCAACCCGUCCUCGUAAUAGCACGUCGCAUUUUGACGUAUACUUUUCCUAAGGCCAAAAACCAUCCUACUAGAAAAUGGAAGCAGCUCGCGAAAUUGACAUGGUGUCCCGUUUUCUGUUUUGGGUCCUCUCGUAGGUUAGGAUAUGGGCACUUUAUCACUCUUUUUUUUUGACGUUGGGAAACCUUAGGAGGACGAGCUUGAGUCAUACCGUCGUGUCUAGGGUAUUUCUACAUGGUAGUUGCUAUUCGUUUUUGAUUCCGAAUGAGUUAAAAUUCCCUACCACAUUGUGUCACUUUUGUUUUUUGGACAGAAGAAAGUAUGGUGAGUAGAAAAGGCAGUGUUGGAACUCUAUGUUUAGCACUGCCAACUAUUUCAACUAGUUUGGAUACUUUACUUGUGUUGUGAGAAUUUAUCGGCAACAAUAAUUCUCAUUGUUCCUGCCAUUAAAUUCGUUAAUUGGUCAACAUACAUAACAUGGCACGAGAAUGAAAAUUUGAAAUGUUUUUUUGUGGCACUGUGGUUGAUUCAUAUCCUGUGGUAGUGGACUGUUGCCACGGCUUAUCACGGUAGCAUCCUUAGCCUCCCUCCCGGCCCUCGCCAAUGCAAAGUCAUCUUCACUAUAGGAAGGUGGCCGGUGGCACAACACGCUCAGCAGUGUGUGAAGGUACUGAUGGCUACCGGAUCCAAGUGCAGGAGGCUCAGGUCUGGUGCCUUGGGACUCGCGUUGCUUUUGUUGUGGUGCCUCCAGUUGGUAGGUGAGGAAGAUGCCUCGACGCUAGGCAGAGCACGACCUAACUUGAAGGAGACCCGGGAUGAUGUCAGCUGGGAAGGUACCAACACCAAUGGCCACAUUAGCACUAACACCCGUGAGUAUGACAGUUGGGACGGUGCCAAAGCCAACGGCCACACCACUACAACUCAGUCUCCUCCAGAAAUGUUCACACAAAACCGCAGCUUCAGCACCCAGCCUUCUUACGACAAACUGGACUUUUCUAAGCUCGGUUAUCAUCUUACUGACAAGAUGCUUUUGUGCGACCAUCCUCCAGCCACGUUCUCACCGUCAUUCCUUGGACACUCAGAUGCUCAUUGCGUUGGUAAACAAAGCUCUUUUGUAUUUACCAACACUCUGGGUGUCUGCUUCUCUAUGUACUCCAUCAUGUAUAACACAUCUGUUGUAGAGUACGAUCAAUAUGAAGUGAGCAUCGAUAAUCAAACAUAUGUAUUAUUUAAUGACGAUGAUUUCAUAAGCCUUUGCCUACCAAUGUUCUUGAGAUUUAAUGAGUGUACAAAUGAAACAUUUUUCACACAAUGUCAAGAUUUAAAUAAGAGUGUGGCAUUCUUCCAUUCCCAACAAUGUCCUCGCUCGUUAGUCAUGCAUUAUAACAUGUGGUUCUUAGUUUUGUUUAAUUAUAUUAUGGGAAUUACUGAGUGUAUUAGUAAUAUUUGCAAUGGAAAUUAUACUUUAAUUGAUGGUCAUGCUGAUGAACUAAGUUUCCUAAUGACUAAUAUCAAUAAAGUUAUAGAUGGCGCAUUCUGCGGCGAUCCGGCAGAGUUAACACAAUUGUUGGAGUGGAAUGAAGAAUAUUACAUCACAUAUAACAUUCACUGGCCUUGCUGCUACCCUGGUUAUACUGUGGCAUGGAACGGCAGUCCAGAGGAACACGGGGUGAAUGGUGAGUGGAGCUACUUGCCGCUGUCGUGUCAGGCAGGCGAGGUGGUGCUGAUGGUGGUGGUGGCGUGUGUGGGGGUGAGCGGUGUGGUUGGGAACCUGGUGGUGGUGGUAGUGAUGGUGAACGGACCACACCGGGGUCAGGAGUCCAGUAUGCUCCGCACCUCCCUCGCCUUCGCCGACUUAUUCGUCGCCGCCUUCGUCGUUGUCCCUUCACUAUAUCACCACCUGGAGCCAUUCUUCACCAAUGCUAACAACCAUGUGUUUCGAGAGACCAACAUCUUCCAUCUGGAGAAUGAGACUUUGCUUCUUACCGUACCUUGUAUUGAUGAGGGCUUCCGCCUUUUCCAGGCAUUCUUGUUUUGCCAGUGCUCCAUUGUGUCUUUGCUGACGGUCUUCCUGCUGAGCAUCGAGAGGCUGGUGCUGACCAGCAGGGCCCUCAGGUACCACCAUUACUUCACAGUGACGCGGGUGAAGGCGGCCAUAGGCUUAACCUGGGUCAUUGGCCUCUUCGACUCCCUUAUCUUCAUGUACAACAAAGACGGCCACUUCGCCGCGCAUUGGUCCACCUUCAACAAACUUCCGAUAAGUUUAUCACUAGCACAUCCGGAAAACGUUUUCUAUGUAACGUUGUAUUUCAGUACGCUGGCCUUACUGACAGUCGUCAGUUAUUGUUCUUUUGUUUUCUCGUUGCUGGCGAUCAGGACCUUCCUGAAGGAAGAGGCAAGAAAAGCUGCCGAAUGGAAGGGUAUAAACUUAAAAGCAUAUGGGCCAAUGUAUAAGGAAAGUCGUCGCUGUUUAGUGACGCAAGUGAUGAUUACAGUGUGUAUCUUUACCACACAGGUGCCUUUACAAAUUGACAUGUUUUUCAUCAUCUUGGACCUCCCUCCCAGUAUCCAACGUUAUCAGCUUCGUUCUUACAUCUGCUGGUGGCUCUUUCUCUUCGGGACAGCCUUCAACCCCUGGAUCUACAACGCUCGCAGCCACCAGUUCAGGAGUGACGUAAAUAUUAUUGCCGGGUGCACUAACACGUCGUCCUCGAGAGCUUCACUCGCAGCACGGAGGGUGGAGAAGCAGGAUCACACCGCGGCCAGACGCAGGAAGAUGCUGUUGACUUUGGGACUGGAAUCAAUAGAAUGAGAGCUGAUAUUUUCCUCUCCGUGCAAUGUUUAGCUAAAAUUAUAAUUGUUAUGUCUCAAAUAAAAUAGAGUAAGCUCUUUGUCACUUCUUCUAAUUCAAUCCACAUGUUUACAUCUCUACUCUGAAGGAAGAUUUGCUUUCUCUCAGUUCACUCAUCUGCGUUUCCUGUUUCCAAUUGUGCUUUUUCAUAGUCCUGUUAAUUAAUAAAGGUUUUGUUUACCUACUUUGUCUUUGCCUCUUAAAAAUCCCCGUUUUCUCGUCUUUGCUCGUGGUAUUAAGUUCAUUUCUCUUUGGUUUUACUCGUAUGUUAGCUCUCAUUGCCGGAACCAGCUCUGUUGAAAAUUUCUGUGCCUCAUGUGUUUUUAACGUUUUUACUGUGAAUUCUAAGUUGCUGCUAUAUAUUACAGAACUGUUCUCACAUAAACUGCUUAGAGUUUUGGAAAUGAUUCCUUAUCUAGGUUCCUAACACCAUUAUCAUAUAUGGCAAUUUUAUAAAGUUAUUUUUUAUUGCGUGUUUCCUGGUGUCAGACUCAUCAUGAGGUCCACUCCUGGGACCUCUUCUUUUUCUGAGUAUGGCAACUAUAUUGUACUGCUCCGAAGGUCCUCGAUCGUCUACCCAUUCUAGGUCUCGUUAUUUUACUCCUGUUGGAAAUUAAUUCCAGGAAGCAUGUGGGUAUGGCUACUUGUACUACAGCUUGUCAAGUGAUAGUUUGAUUUCGUCCGGUGGCGUACGUUCCUUUUCUUAUGAACCACGUCAACAAGUUGGUUAUUACUCCUUUAGUUAUGUAAUAUAUGUCAGAUAAAUUAUUAUAUGUUUCCUUCUCCUUACCCUUAUGUGUUUGUGGGAAUGAGCUUUUGUCCAUGGGUCCCACCCUUCAAUAGUGCUAUGCAAGGAGGCUGGAGUUGUGGUUUGAAUUUCAACUUCAUUUCAAUUCACGAAUAAGUUAAUGGAGUUCUUCUUCUUUAUGGCACGAGCAAUGCAUGUGAAGGUAUAUGCUUGAUAUUAAAAGGCACUGCCUGGCCCUCUGCAAGGCCAUUUCAGUAUGAAUAUAAUUUACAAAGAAAGAUGACUGUGUCCCACAUUUAUUAGUGCCACGGAUAAUGCAACACUGGGCGUGCCAAGUCUCAAGUGCCAAAUCAGUAUUAACUCUAGUUCAACAUUGAGCUAGAGUGAGGGCCACAUAUUGGUGUGGUUCAUUAAUGUGCCAAUAUUAGGGUUAGAAUUAAGGGCAUAAAAUGAUCUGAUGAUGACGGUGUCAGGAGUUCGUGCCACACAGGAGACAAUCUUCUCCCAAUAGUCUCACUUCAUAACGCAGAGUAACAAAAAAGUAGUCUGGGUUCAACAUACAUUCGUGCAAUUUAUAAGAAAUAGAAUUUUGUAUACAAGAAACAUGGCAGCAAAAGUUUAAUGGUUUAAUUUAAUUCAUUAAAUAAUAAUUAUACAAAAUUAAAAA